AUGAAUGACAGUAGUUCACUGGAAUUCAAUCAAAGCACGUCGUGGGAUGUUGAAAAGAAGACUGACCGAGGAAUUUUGAAAAAAUAUCGAGCAGCAUAUUGGAAACCAUGUUUAAUCGGAUUACUUCUUGGUUGUCUUUGCGCAGGAAUUGCUCUUGGUGUUGUAACAACACAAUUCAUUCAAGAUGAACAGAAAUCGAUGACAACCACGAGUUCAACAUCGACGACAACAACUUCCGCAACUACGACGACAUCCACGACAACUUCGACGACGUCUACGUCAACAUCGACUUCAACAACGUCCGCGACAACUUCCACCAGUUCCACAUCAUCUACAUCAUCUACCUCGACAACGUCUACAACUUCCACGACGUCUACAUCAUCGACAUCCGCAACAACUUCUACGACAACAACUACCUCCACAACAUCAACAACUACAACAACAUCAGUUGCCCUUCCAUCUCAAUGUUCCAGUUAUACUACGAAUUCGGAUUCAACUCGUAAUGUUGCCGACAAGAGUGUUACUGAUUGUGAUAGUUCUGCAUUUAGUUCAACUGGAGUUUGGAUUCGCUUUAUAAGUCCAGCUGGAACAAUGAUCGCCACCUAUGAUCCUGGAUAUUAUUAUUGUGGUACUGAUGCACCUGGUUGGUAUAAGGAUUCUUACCCAACAUCCGCUGGAAGUACAGUUAAUGGCACUGUUUGUUAUUCUUGGUCUGGAAAUUCAUGUUUAUGGUCGAAUACGAUUUUAAUUACGAAUUGCAGUACUUUCUACGUUUUUCUCCUGAUUGACACAGCAUUCUGCAGUUUAAGAUACUGCACUGUAUAA